CUCGUGCCAGCGGCCCGCGGAUCCGUGAGGCCGUGUCCGGCGGGAUGGGGCUGCCGCUGUGGCUGUGGCUGCCGCUGGCCCUGGCGGCGGCCCGGGCGGCGGCGGGGGCCGCGGGGCAGUCCCCGCUGCAGCGGCGCGUGGUGCGCGAUGUGCUCGACUACUUCCACGGGCGCAGCAACGUGCAUUUCCUCUUCAAGGAGCGGGAGCUGGACGGGGUCAUCGAGCGGGAGGACCCCUCGGGCACCUUCGUGCAGCUGCGCCUGGGCCUGGCACAGACCACGUGCCGCAAGCGAGCGCCGCAGCGGCACUGCCGCGUGCUGGAGGGCCGGAGGAAGCCGACCUGCCUGGCCUGCUACAAGUUCGACACCGGUGACGUCCCCAAGGUGCUGGACAAGUACCACAACUGCGGCCCCAGCCACCACCUGGCGGCCAAGGAGAUCCGGCAGCGGGACGAGGCCGAGUGCCGGGCGGUGGAGGAGGCCGGCAGGGCGGGGGACACGCCGUACCUGCCCGGGAUGUUCGCCUUCUCCCGGGGGCUGCCAGCCUAGGCACCACGGCUCCCAUGGACGCAGCCCCGGCGGUCCCGGCCUGCCCCGCUUGUCACCCCCCAGCCCCGUGUGACCAAGGAGGGUCCUGGAUGUGUCCCCAGCUCCUGCCUGUCCCCGCUCCCCAGUAAACCCAGCGCUGGCUCCGCU